CUCUUCGUCGUCGCCGUUGUCGUGUCUCUCUCUCUCUCUCUCUCUCUUCUUGCGUUGCGACUUGCGAGCUGUAGAUGUCCAUCUCGCGCUGGGAACAAAGAAACGAAGGAGGGUUUGUGUGUGCUGAUCCAUCUCUCCGGCGGUUCCGGCGAGAGCUUUGAUUUCGAUUGUCAUGGCCGGAGGAGAAGCUUUCUCUUCGAACCCGCCUGCCAAGCCGGCCGUUCUUGGAAACAGCGGCAGCAAGACCAUCAACGCGAAGCUCGUGUUGCUGGGAGACAUGGGUGCCGGCAAAUCCAGCCUGGUCUUGCGCUUCGUCAAGGACCAGUUCUUUGAUUUUCAGGAAUCAACUAUAGGAGCAGCAUUCUUCUCGCGAACAGUAGGCGUCAAUGAUGCAUCUGUGAAGUUUGAGAUAUGGGAUACUGCAGGUCAGGAAAGGUACCACAGCUUGGCUCCCAUGUACUACAGAGGCGCUGCCGCAGCUAUUAUUGUCUAUGACAUAACUAGCACUGAGUCAUUUGAACGGGCUAAGAAGUGGGUGGAGGAACUUCACAAGCAAGGAAAUCCCAAUUUGAUAAUAACACUCGCUGGAAAUAAGACUGAUCUGGAGGAUAAAAGAAAAGUGACAGCUGAGGAGGCACGCAGGUAUGCAGAAGAAAGGCGACUCGUGUUCAUUGAAACUUCUGCUAAGACUGCCACUAAUGUCAGCAAACUGUUUUAUGAAAUAGGGGGAAAAAUAUGGUUAAACCCCACAAAUAAUCAUCAUCGUGUCAAUAUCUGGAGUAGUCAAUCCAAAAACCUGUGUCCAUUCUAUUAGAAGCCAUAUUUUCGAGGAGAUAGCUGCAUUUUUCCUUUCUGCCAUACCCCUUCUAUUUGUUGGCAUUAGCUUCUUAUUUUUCUAGCUGCAUAAGGAUGAGUUAUCAGCAACACUGACAUCUCUGGAAUGACUAUACCCGUAAUCUUUGCUCCCAGCUAAUUCAAAAUCAAAUCUAGCCGAAAUUGAGAAACUGCAUUUAUAUGAGUAGAGAAGGUUGCCUUGUGAUUUUCUUGCCUCCAUCAUAGCUCUUUUUUUGGGGCUUUCUCAUGGUAUAAUAUUGUAGUUUUCUCUCA